CGCGCCGCCGGGGGGGAGGGGAGAGAGGAGGGCACCUCGGCUCUCCUCUCUCCCCCCCUCCCCUGCGCGCCAUGUAACCCCGCCCCGCGGGCGCGAGCCUGAGACCCCCGCGCGCGCGCGGGUCCCGGCCGGCGACGGGAGAGAGCGCGGCGGCCCGAUGCGGCAGGGGCUGCGCGGCGCCACGGCUCUCUGAGGAAGCGGCCCCCGCGCUCCCGCGUCUCCCCGCGCCUCGAGCGGCCGCUCCUCUCCGCCCAGCCUGGGCCCGCCGGGGGGGCAUGAGCGUGCCGGAGACGCCGGGGGAGAUGGAGCGGGCCGCCGAGGAGGAGCGGCCGCCACCGGCGACCGGGGAAGGGAACGAGGAGGAGGAGGAGGAGGUGGUGGCAGCGGCGGCCCGGGCCUCGAGGCUGGUCCGCAGGAGGAGUGCCUCCUCGUUGGACGACGAGGAGGAGGAGGAAGAGGUGGCGGAGGCGACGGUGGUCGCGGGCGGUGGCUGCAAGGAGCAGGACCUGACCUACGAGCUGCAGCAGGGCUACCGCAUCCUGGGCGAGUUCCUGCAGGAGAAGCACCGCGGCCUCACCGCCCCUUUCCUGCAGCCCUUGGGGGGCGUUGCCGCCGGGGACGAAGAGGUGGCCGAAGGGCGGCGCAGCAGCGGGGGCCGGGGCAGUCGCGUCCUCCCGCAGCAGCCUGGCCAGGGCAUGUGUCUGUUGAAGAUGGAGGAGAAGUUCUCCAGCGGCCAGUACAGGGGCAUCACGGAGUUUGUGGCGGACUUCAGGUUGAUGCUGGAGACGUGCUACCGCCUGCAUGGAGUCGACCACUGGAUCUCCAAACAGGGCCAGAAACUGGAGAUGCUGCUGGAGCAGAAGUUGGCGCUUCUCUCUCGGCACUUGAGAGAAAAGACAACGAUAGCAGUUACAUCUAGAGGCUAUUAUGGAUUGGAGGAGGAGAAGGGAACUGCAUGUACUUCAACAAGGCGCCGGUCAACACCUCGAAGUUUGGCAGGUUUGACAAGUGGAGUUUUUGAGUCUAUAAUGGUUCAAGUUUUGAGACAGGAAGAACAGCUGAGAGCAAAAGAAGAAAAAAGGCUUCGGGAGCAAGAAAAAAAAGAAGCGGAAGAAGCUUGUCAAAAGGAAGUAGAAGAGUGGGAAAGAAAACUCCUUGCUCAAGCAGCUCCAGCCUGUAUGGAGAACAUGUGGGAAAUUCCAGCCAUUGGGCAUUUCCUUUGUUUAGCCCAACAGAUUCUAAACUUGCCAGAAAUUGUCUUUUAUGAACUGGAACGCUGUCUUCUGAUGCCCCAGUGCAAUGCCUUUCUGUCUAAAAUAAUGACUUCUUUACUCAGUCCUCCCCAUCGCAGACCUACCUUACAUCGAAGACCCACUUUGCCUUACCGGACUUGGGAAGCGGUGCUGAGACAGAAGGUACAGCAGUGGUAUACUGCUAUGGGACAGACCGAACAUCCUGAUAACUGUGCUGAGAAACUUGGCUUAUGUCCUCAGUUUUUUAAGGUUCUUGGAGAAGUUAAUCCCUUGGAAGAAAAACCUUUUCACGAGCUACCUUUCUACCAGAAAGUGUGGUUACUUAAAGGACUCUGUGACUUUGUGUAUGAGACACAGAAAGAAGUUCAGGAUGCUGUGCUUGGGCAGCCCAUUCAUGAGUGUAGGGAAGUCAUCCUUGGCUACGACUAUCUGGAGAAUGCUUAUGUGCACUUUCCACAGUUCUGUGGUGCAGAUGUACGGAUUUAUAAACAAAGGCCCUUCCAGGCUCCAGAAUUUCCAGUUCCACCCAUUAAAGUAAAAAGAGUACCUCGAAUUAAACUGGAGAAAUUCAAGUGUGACCAUGUUAGUACAAGUAAUGGAGAACACAGAUGUAAUAGAGAAAGUCUGCCCUCAGCCUUCAAGAAAGAGCAGGAAAUGGAGUUUGAUCCAGCCUGUUGUCCUGCUAAAAUGAACUUUGAUAAUCAUGACAUCUCUGUUGAAAUGGAAGUAAAAUCCAACUGUGACAUUAAAGUCCACAGUCCAUGUGGAAUGGAAAAAACUGAUUGUUGUAAAGAAAAUUUGGAGAAGCCCAGAAGUCCAGGAGAAGUUACUGCUUUUGGAGAGCCACUCAGUCCAGGUGAAAUAAGAUUUAUAGAAAAUCAGGAAAAAUAUGGUGAAGCUUCCAGAAUAAAGACAGAACCCAGUCCAUUAAAAGAAAAUGCUCUGAAAUCUUGCCAGAUUCAUAUAAAUGGAAGUCACAUUGAUCAUCAGGAUAUUAACUGCCACAGAGUUGUAAGAGAUAUAUUGUUAGAGCACUCGCUACAGAGCCACAAAAAACUCAAACUAACUAAAAUGAGGGCGAAAAAGAAGAAAAAGAAAAAAAAGAAAUUGAAAGAUGUUUUGAAUGAAAAUUUACAAAGAAAGCGUGAAGGUCUUCAUUCUCUUGCCUUCAAGUCUUACAAACCUGAGAUCCAAAAUAAGUUAUUGAUCAUUAAAAAGAAAGGAAAACACAAGAAGCACAAAUCUGGAAAAAAAUCCAUAUCUAAAAAAGCAAUCACCAAGAAGAGGAAAACUGUCACCAAGUCACCUGCUCUGCCGGAGUUUCAGCUUAUUUGCACUAAUCUUGAUGAACUCAGGGAAUUAAUCACAAAAAUCGAGAAUGAACUCAAAGAUCUGGAAAACAGUAGAAAAAAAUCGGGCAAAUGGUACCAUCGGAGGCAAGCUGUAAAAGAAUUGCAUAGUACACUGAUACGCCUUUUAAAUGAAUUGCUGCCAUGGGAACCAAAGUUAAUGAAGGCUUUUCAGAGAAACAGGAGCCGCCUGAAGAAAGACUAUGAUGAUUUCCAAAGACAACCCGAUCACGAUCAGUUUACUAGGGAACUAUGGACUACUGAAGACUGUGAAGGGAACCCUGAGAGAGAGCCUCCUAAAGCAGAAAUCAGUAAGUCUGUAGAUGCAGCAGAACCUCUAGACAACCUGGAGAAAGAGCACGUGGAUUCUGAUGAUAUGAAAUUAUCAGAAAUAGGCUUUCCUUUGGCCAGAAGCAAGUUGUUGAAAAAAGAAUUGUCUUCUAAAGAUGUAGUGAAGAUACUGCCUAAAACACUUAAGCGACAGUCCAAACAAAGUAGUUAUCUGGAUGAUAGCACAAAAGAGCUUUCCCCAAGGAAGAGAACAAAGCUCAGCACAAAUGAAACCGCACUUGAAAAUGUAGAAGCUGAUAUGCAGAUAGACUGUUUGAGUGAGUCAAAACAUACAGAACUGCCAUUUUCGGAGUCAUUGGCCUCAAAGGAUUCAGUACCAGUGUCCACUCUCCAGAAAGGGACCAAACCUAUUCAGGCCUUGCUUGCAAAGAAUAUUGGGAACAAAGUGACCUUAACAAAUCAACUGCCCCCUUCCACAGGUAGAAGUGUUCCUGCUGUGGAAAAGCCAGCUCUAUCUCCUGUAGAAACAAGCACCGUAAAACCAGCCUUGACCUGCCUCACCAGUACAAAAGGACCUUUACAGAUGGUAUACAAAAUGCCCUGUGGUCAGUGGUUGCCAGUCGACCUCCACAAUAGUUCUGUCAAGAUUCAGAUGCAGCCUGUGGUGGAUUCUAAAACAGGAGAAAAGAUCAUGCAGCAAGUUCUUAUUCUGCCUAAGAACUUUGUGAUUCAGCACAAAGAGGGGAAAGCAGUUGCAAAAGAGCUAGCAGCACCCCAGCAGAAAGGUGCAGAGCAUUGUUCAUCUUGCCCCCAGACAACAAGUGUGACCUGUUCUUUCGUGUCUGUUCCUGUCACGUCAGGAGGGACAGUUUCUACCCAACUGCCUGGUACAGUUUUCAGUAAGACAGUUGCAGCUUCAUCAAAUGUGAGUGCUAGAUCACAACCGUUGUCACCUGUGACCUCCGGAGGGAAUGUGUCAGUGUCCCCAGUGAAGACUGGCCAGAGUGAAGCAGUUUCGUCGGCCUCCUUCCCCCAGCCUCUCACUUCAGCCACCAUUUCUUCAACAGUUCAGCCUCUCUUACCAGCAGCACCACUAACUGAGUCUACAGAGCCUGGCCUUUCCCUCCCCUCUUCCUCACAGCACACUCUCGAUUCUUCUGAAGCAAAGCAAGAACUGAAGACCGUGUGUAUAAGAGAUUCCCAGUCGAUUCUUGUUAGGACGCGAGGUGGGAACACUGGAGUUGUCAAAGUACAAACUAACCCAGAGCAGAACUCACCCACCAGUUUAUCUUCCAGUUCUCUCUUCACCUUUGCGCCUCACCUUCAGGCCUUUCUGGUGCCAAAGUCAACCUCAUCCCCUGCUUUUUCACAAGUAACUGGAAGGACUGCUGCAUCUAAUCUCCCAUCUUUCAGUCAAACACCUACUUGUGUUUCUAUUUCAUGUGGCUUUCAUCCAUCCGUGGGGAAAAAUUUCAAACCUAUAUUAAGCCAACCCUCCAGCAGUGGCUGUGUGGGCCCCCUGAUAGAAAAAACCUCCUACAUGCCCUCUUCACCCUUGAAGCCCUCUGUUUCUUCCAGCUCAUUGCUACCAUCAACAGCAAAUAGUUCAGUUAGUGUAAUUAGCAUAUCACCAGGAAAUUUCGGACAAACCAAUCCGAAUGUUAUUCAUACAUCAGCUAAACCUCAACAAGUAGAUUACAUCACAAAAAGCUACUCAGUUACAAGAUCAGAAGCAACAGCAGCAAUAAAUGGAGAUGUGCUCAGUGAGACUCCUGUUCAGAAACUUAUGCUGGUAUCAACUCCAUCUGCUCUUCCUUCUAGCAGUGGACCUUCAGUUAAUAUGGCACCAGCACCAACAUCUACGAGUGUUUCUACCCAGAAAGUAGUUUUCAUUAAUGCUCCAGUUCCUAGUGGCACUUCAGCCUCAGCUAUUGUUGCAGAAUCAUUAAAACAGACACUUCCUCCUCCCUUGAAUAAAACAUAUGUUAAGACUCCAGAGCAACCCCAAAUAGUACUAAUUCCGUCUACAGUGGGAACACCAAUAAAAAUAAAUUCUUCACCAACUGUGUCUCAGAUUAAAGAUGUGAAAAUUGGACUGAACAUAGGUCAAGCAAUUAUAAACCCUCCAGGAAACCUGCCAGCGAUACCAUCAGUUAAUAUAUUGCAGAGUGUGCUGCCAAAAGGAGAAGACAGAAGUAGUAAGGGCCAUGGUUCACCCUUGUCCACAAGUGGUGACUCAGUUCCAGCAAGCUCAAAUACUGUGAAUCAGAACCUUCCUCCUGUUAAUGAGUCAGUAGUUUCUACAGCAAGAGCUACAAACAGGUUUUCAGGAACAGGAGCAAAUGUACCUUUGAGUUCCCUUUCAGUGACCUCAUCCUGUGCUUCAGUUGGGACACGACCUCCUGUCUUAGUCAGUGGCAAUGAUACCUCUUCAAGAAUUAUGCCUGUUUUGUCAAAUAGACUCUGCCCGUCAAAUCUGGGAAACACUGUGGCUAUAUCAACUGUAAAAACAGGACACCUUGCGUCAUCUGUUCUCAUUUCAACUACACAACCAACAGUGUCUCCUAAAUGUUUGCCGUCAGCCUUGCAAAUCCCUGUUACUGUUGCCCUGCCUACACCUGUGACUACGUCUCCAAAAAUAAUCAACACAGUUCCACAUUCGGCAACAGUACCAGGAGCCACACGCCCUGUAUCUCUUUCCAAAAGACAGUCUCGGACCUCUCUCCAGUUUCAGUCGCCAGGGCCUUCAACUACAGUGCCAACAAAUGCAAACACAAAUAAACCUCAAGCUGAAUUACCAUCCCUCUCACCAAGUCCAGGUAAAAUAACUAAUACUUCCAAUAUUACAUCUAUGCCAAACCAGCAUAUGCCCCCUUCGUUAGUAAAAACAAGUCCCAGUAACAAUUCUACUGUAGGUGGCUCUGCCAUUCACACUUGUGCACCGCCAUUAAAUAUAACUAGUCUGGCAGGUGCUCCAUUCAGUGACCCUUGUAUUCAGCAAAAAAUAGUUAUCAACACCAGUACACCUUUGGCACCAGGUACUCAAAUCAUGAUGAACGGAGCCCGGUUCAUUGUUCCACCACAAGGUCUUGGAGCUGGUAGCCAUGUCCUCCUCAUCUCUACUAAUCCAAAAUACGGACCUCCUUUAGUUAUUAACAAUGCCCAGGGCAUACCGGCUACACCAGUAGAUAACCCUGUCCAGAAGACCAUACAGACAUCAAAUAAUUCUUUAAGUGGGCAGCCUUUAAAGCAUUCUGUAAGAAACUCGACAAAGAUUGUAAACUGUCUUGGAAGCCCAAGUUCUCUCUCUACAGUACAUUCAACACCACAAAUCGUAACCACACCUGCUAAAGUUUAUGUUCCCCCUGCACCAACGGUGCCAUUGACUUCGGUAAUGAAGUCCUCUCCAGCUGCUCUUUUGACGAAGACAUCUUUGGUUUCUGCCAUUUCCUCCAAUAAUCCUCCACUGCCAAGUAGCACAUCGGUGUUUCAUUUGGAUACCUCUGUCAAAAAGUUAUUGGUUAGCCCAGAAGGAGCCAUUUUAAAUACCAUUAAUACUCCAGCAUCUAAGGUGUCUGCGUUGUCUUCAUCUCUUCCUCAAGCUGUUGUGUCUGCUAGUCAAAAUCCUGCCUCUGUCUUCCCUGCUUUUCAGUCACCUGGUUCAGAGAAGCCUGACACAGCUGCAUCUCGAGUUUAGACUAAAUGAGCCAGUUUUUAAAUAAUGGGGCAUUGUUUUAACUCCCACAAAAAUUUUAACUGUUUGUUAUACUGUUGAAAACAUGCUGUUCAUAUGUGUGUGUGUAUGUGUGUGUGUGUGUGUGUGUGUGUGUGUGUGUGUGUGUGUGUGUGUAUGUGUGUAUGUGUGUUAAGGUAUCUCCAUUAGCUUGCACAAGACUUUGUUUUCUUGGGGAGGGCAAAGUAUACCAUUUCACUCAUUGGUGUAAAGAUAUUUUCCAAGGUUCUUUGUUCAAAAUAUGUCAUCGAGAUUUACCUGUCUAUAUAACAUAAAUUGAAUAAAGUCAAGUUUGACUAGUUUAAGUAAGCUAGCCUUUACAUAAUUAUAUCGAUGUUUCUUCUUAAAUUUGGACUGUUGUGAUGUAUCUACCGUAUACUAUUCUUUGUCAUUAGUGACAUCUUAUUUUUGUUUCUGUAAAAAGAAUAUAUAUAUAUAUAUAUAUUUAUGCAUUAAGAAAAUGCAGUCCAUGAUGUAAAAUUGUACAUAUUCCUUAAAUCCCUAAUAAUCUGUUCUAAAUAUAUGUACAAAGAACAAUACUGUCUUAUUUAUGUUUUGUUUACAUAAUGUAUAGUUUUUUAAGUAUUUUAGUAAUUUUGGACCAGUGAACUGUUAGCAACAAUGCAGAAGAAUCUGCAUAUAAUAAAGUGAGUUGCUGUAUUUCUUUGUUUGAAUACCAUUUUUAAAAUGUGUUCUUGUCCAUUGAAAGAAUACAUGGUAUAAAUGAAAACAGUCCUUUAAAAAAUGUGUUCAGAUUGGAAGUAUCUAGAAAUAGUAGCACUUGCACAGGCUUUGCACUUGACAGAGCUUCCUUUCUUGGAUCUACUUGGAUCUUCACAGUCAUCUUGGGAGCUGAGUAGCAUGUCCACACUUACCAGGUUCAUGGGAAGUAGGGCCAGGACAUGAUCUGAUGCUUCACAGUCUUUCUCCAUAGUUCUACUUUACUUUUGGUUUGAAGUGUUCAUUCACAAUUUUAUGGUUCCAGACAUUUAAAAAGAAUAGGAAAAAAAAACCCACCAAAUCUGUAUUGACCAAACAAAUGUGUGUUGUUGUUGUUUUUAGAUAAGAAUAUUUUGGUUUAUGUCUAUACAUCCAAAACAUGUUUCUUAAAACUUUUUUUUUAAGGUUUCUCUAUGCCCCUAAACAGGCCUGGAACUUUCCAUAUAGCCCAGGCUGGCCUUGCCUCAGCCUCCUGAAUGUACCAGGAUUACAGAUAAUGUCCUACCAUGCCUGGCAAACUUAUUUUUUAAUGAUCUGGGUUCAUAAGAGGUUGCAAAAGUAAUGCAGAGUGGUGAUGUUCUUUACCUUCCUUCUCCACAUUUCUGCUUAAAUUGAGGUCUUGUUCAUUGUUACUGAUCUUCCAAAACGAUGUCUAAGAACAUGAAUUUCUCUGUCAUUUGGAAUUAAAAGUGAGCAAAACUAGUAGUGCUCUUUCUUCUUUUCCACAUGCUAUGGAGCAGCUGCUGAAAUUCUCGUGUGAAGCCGCUGCUGUUGCUCAGGUGGUUUGACUCAGGGCUUGACUUUGCUUGAGAAUGUGCUUCAUUGUAAAUAAAAGGUAGCUUUGCACUUC